AGCCAUGACCUUCUCUUUUCGUAGCACGUCUGUCAUGUAGACAGCACGGGCCAUGACUCCUCCAAGUAGUUGUAGGAAAAUGUUCAUUUAUGCGUAAAUGGUGCAUUUGUUAAGGUUAAAUUAUUGUGGUUGGAGGGAACACAAACAUCCAGGUGUCAAUAACGGGCCCUGUUGAUUUCGGGAACAAUGGUGAAAUAUUACCAAUGCGUUGGUCUUCUCAAGAACACGUGGGACCAAGUAUUCCUUGCGUUCUGGCAGCGAUAUCCAAACCCCUACAGCAACCAUGUGUUGACGGAGGACAUCGUCUACCGCGAGGUGACGCCGGACAACUGCCUCGUCUCGAGGCGCCUGCUGACCAAAACCAACCGAGCCCCGCGCUGGGCCGAGCGCUUCUUGCCAAAACACAUGGCUUGCUCCGCCUACAUCAUCGAGGACUCGGUGGUGGACCCAAAGAAGCGGACCAUGACCACAGUCACCUGGAAUAUCACCCACGCUCGCCUCAUGUCGGUGCGUGAGCGCUGCGUGUAUGGGGUCAACCCCGAGAACAGCAACUGGACAGAGAUACAGCGCGAGGCCUGGAUCUCCUCCAGCCUGUCGGGCCUCUCCAGAGCCAUCCAGGAGUUUGGUGUCACGAGAUUUAAGAAGAGUGUUACCAAAACCAUGAAAGGGUUUGAAUAUGUUCUGGCUAAGAUGCAAGGCGAAACACCCUCGAAGUCUUUGGCGGAGACGGCCACAGAGAGGGCUCGUGAGACGGCCCUGGCAGCUAAAGAGAAGGCCAAAGACCUGGCCUCGCAGGCCCAGAAGAAGCAGUACGUCUGAUGGGGCGCAUGGGGUGGCCCGAGCUCCCUCGAAUACCACAACUGCUUCCCCUCCCUCCCACCCCACCCCAGCCCAGCCUUCCCAUACAUGCACUUGUUACACCGUCGUGCACUUGAGCUUCCAUCCUCGCUUGGCCUUCUCUAGUCCACCCAAAAGAUCCCAAUGUCAUGCUCCGCAACCAGCCUUAGCUCGGGUCAAGAAAAUGCAAAGGAUGCAGUUUACGUGACCCUCCCGAUUUGUUGGUUGAGGGGUGUCUAGUUACUACAUGUAUAUGGCUGUUUUCAUUUCAUUUGGGUGUGUGGGAGUAGAUGGGGGUGUUCAUUUUUAUUUCUUCGUUGUCUUUCCCUUGGUAUGUAAGUGCUACAUAACUUAAUUUCAACAGACCGUUA